CUUCGUCUCUGCGUAUUCGUGGCUCUGACAGUCCGCCAGUCAGCUAGUGUUCUAUGGCGGAUUCCACGCGCACCAUCAUGCACGGGACUUGGUUUACCACCGGGCACAGGGGCGGUACGUCCGCGGGGAUGGUAGUGGAGAAGCCGAAGAAGAACCCUUUUUACCUGGUCAGAAUGAAAUCUCUCACUGGCAAGAAGGAGACCGCGCACAAUAACAACAUGCCCUUCAUCAUCCACUGCCACAUCGGCAAAGAGAUAAAGCACAUUUGCAGCAACUGUAGCCGCGGGAAUGAGACGCGGGACGCGGAGGAGGUUGAGCGUCUGGCAGCGAUGCGCUCAGAGUCCCUCGUACCCGGCACCCACACUCCCCCCAUCCGUCGCCGGAGCAAGUUCGCCACCCUGGGGCGCCUCUUCAAGCCCUGGAAAUGGAGGAAGAAGAAGAGCGAGAAGUUCAAGCAGACCUCCGCAGCUUUGGAGCGGAAAAUCUCCAUGAGGCAGAGCAGAGAGGAGCUGAUCCAGAGGGGCGUGCUGAAGGAGGUAUUUGAGAAAGACGGGACGAUCCCGGCGCAGAAGGACGAGGGGAAGCUGGAGAACGGGCAGACGUCCGGGCCCAUCUCCAGCAUGCUGGACUGUGAUUCUGCAGACCACACUUUCCGGCUGCACUCCAACUCUGAGCUAAUGGAUGGGACCGCCUCCAUGGAGUACCGGCCUGCGGAGGGCAGGGUCAGUCCCCCGGAGCCCCCCAUGAAGCCUGCCUUGGUCCUGCCUCCCAAAAAGUCUGUGGCCUUCCACUGUGACAGUCAGGACACGCCCCCAAAGCCCCCGCUCUACCACAAGCAGCCCCCAGCGCUCCCCCCGAAACCCUUCUCCAGACUCCCCAAUCACAUUUCCGACUCAGGACAGCCCAUGAAACUGCCCUACAUGCUGGGGAAGAUGUCCCCUCCUCUACCUCCCAAGAAAGUGGUGAUCUGCGCCCCUCCGGCAGGCCUGGAGUCCGCCCUGGCCAGCUUCUCCCAGAAGUGCUCCUCUCAGCCCCUGGGGGUCCUCCACGGCUCCCUGCUGCCGCCCCACCCGCACCACCCCCACCAGCUGCAUUACGGCACCCUGCCCAUGUCUGUGCACCCGCCCAGCCGCAUCAUCCAGGAGCUCAACAAGACCCUGGCCCUCACCCUGCAGAGGCUGGAGAGUUCGGCACUGCACGGGGGCCUGAUGGACAGCCGGCAGGUGCCCACGGUGGUCAUCGAGUGCGACGACAACAAGGAGAACAUGCCCGACGAGUCGGACUACGAGGACCUGCCCAGCAUGUACAAGGGCGAGGAUGAGGAGGACAACGAGGAGGACGAAGAUGAGGAUGACGACAUGCUCUUCACCAGUACGCUGGCUCUGAAGGUGUUGCGGAAGGACUCCCUGGCCAUAAAGCUGAGUAACCGGCCCAGCCAGCAGGAGCUGGAGGAGAAGAACAUCAUCCCCAUGCAGACGGACCAGGAGCGGCUGGAGUCCCGGCAGCAGAUUGGCACCAAGCUGACACGCAGUGACUACAGUUCCCAGCAGACCUUUCUCUGGUGUCACAAUGGGUGCCGUGGCGACGGCGGCAGCGGCCCUGUGAUUGGAUGCUCCCCGAGGCUGAGCCAGCGGCCUACAGCGGAGGAACUGGAACAGCGCAACAUCCUGAAACCCCGCAAUGAACAAGAGGAGCUGGAGGAGAAGAGGGAGAUCAAGAGACGCCUGUCACGGAAGCUGAGCCAGAGGCCCACGGUGGAGGAGCUACGCCAGGCCAAGAUCCUGAUCCGCUUCAGCGACUACGUGGAGGUGGCCAACGCCCAGGACUACGACCGGCGGGCGGACAAGCCCUGGACCCGCCUCACGGCCGCAGACAAGGCUGCCAUACGGAAGGAACUGAACGAGUUCAAAAGCACCGAGAUGGAGGUUCACGAGUCCAGUCGCCACCUAACCAGGUUCCACAGACCCUAGACCACACUGUAAGGACAAUGCCACAUGGGAUUUUAUGUUGUUUUUAAUUUUUUUAAAACCACAAAGACCCUCAAGUGCUGUAAGGGGAACAGUGGCCAUGCCUCCAACUAGGCCGCGUGUCUUCUGAGUGGCCUUUUCCACGCCCCGCGAGGAGCCAGCGUCGUCUGAACACCC